GGGGCUCUGCCACCCACCCCGAGUCAGGGCUGGGGCAUGGAUGGGGCAGAGCUCAGCACUGCAGUAAAGCCCCAGCUGGGCUGUGUGCUUGUGGCUCUGGGUGUCGUGGGGCUCCGUGUGCCAGCCCCAGGGUGCCAUCGUACCCCAUCCCUGGGAGCUGAGCUGGGGGGCUGGGAGGGAGCAGGGCUCUGGCUGGUGGCAGGCAGGCAAGGACGGUCCCUGCAAGUCCCUGCCCAACAGUAGCUGGGGAAGGGGGGGUAUCAGGUGCCCCAGAUCCUGCUGCUGCUCUCGUGGGUGCUAAUACCCCCUAAUCAGCUGUCAGUCACUGCAGACCCCAGCAGCUAUAAAAGACCCGGGAGCAGCUCCCCGGCUCCUCUCCUGCAGAAUGGCAGCACCUCGGGGCGAGAGGAGCCCAGGACAAGGGCUGGGGGGCUGCGGGGGGCCCUGGGGGACCCUGCGGGGGCCGCCCCAAGCCCUCCUGCCCUGCCCCUGCCCCUACUCCUGCCCCUGUCCCGUUUUGGCCGGGUACAGCCUCCUGCCACCCCCGCUCAGCCUCGUGACGCCCCUGGUAAGUGCCGCGUGCGGCUCCGGGGAGGAACGGGAUGCGGGGCUCUCCCGGGACCGGGAUGGGACUGUGCGGGGUGGUUGGAAUCGGGCUGGGGACCUGCUGUCCCGAGGCCCCGGCAUUCUCCUGCCCGCACACACACACCGUCCUGCACUUGGCACUUGGGGUGCGCAUGGGAGAGGGAAACGACGGGCAGGAUUCAGCUCUGCCCUCUGCCACGCACAAGGGGCCGAGCCCUGGCAUCCCACAGCCCCUCUCCUCUGGCUGUCACGCCCCCCGGUCCCACCCUGACGCCCCUGUGCCCCUCCAGGUCUCAGCACCCUACGAGGUGCCGCUGGGGCUGCCCGCAGAGCCGGGGCGGGUGAAGGCGGCGGCGGCGCGAGAGAGCACCGGGGCACUGAAGGCUUGGCUGGCGCGACACCCCAGGAACCCCUACCCCAGCAAGGGGGAGAAGGUGAUGCUGGCCGUGGUCAGCCGGAUGAGCCUCACCCAGGUCUCCACCUGGUUCGCCAAUGCCCGCCGGCGCCUCAAGAAGGAGAAAAAGGCGAGCUGGGCCACACACAGCGCCUCGGACGGCGAGGACAGCGAGGGCGAGGGGGUCCCGUCGGGGGCCGUCCCCAUUCCCAGUUCCAGCCCCGUGCAGGAUGGGUGCGGGGGCAGCCCCGAGGUGACAACAGGCCCUGGGCAGGACAAGCAGCCCCAGAAACCCAAGAUCUGGAGUGUGGCAGAGAUGCUGGAAUCUUCCCCCAGCAAGAACGGGUGUCCUCCGGGGAUGCCAGUGGUGCUGGAGCAGCUAUAGGGCUGGGACAGUCACGCCCUGUCCCCAAGGGCAUGACAGGAGAGACAGGCAUGGGAUCCAGCAGCUGCCUCACCAAGGA